GCGGUGCAUUGUGGGAACUUUAUGUAAACCCAACAUGGCGGCCGCCUGUGCCAGAACACUGGUGUCUAAGGUCGGCUGGUCCCUGCUGCAGCGUCCGGCCGCCCGCCGGCCCGGCACCGGCACCGUGUCCUACCUGCUGGGGAACGUGAGCGCACGCGGGUCCAGGAGGACUUACGGUACCGGGGUCCACCGGUCCACGCUGCUCUCCUCGCUGCGGGCAGGGGGAGCCAGGGCGCUGGGCUGCGCCUUCCUGCUCGGCGGAGGUCUGGGUCUGUACCAGACCGUGAAGCUCUCGGUCCGCCAGCAGCAGCACCGGGCCGAGGAGGAGGAGGAGGAGGGGGGGACCAAGGCUGCGGGCAGAGACCUGAAGUUGACGCUGUACCAGUACAAGACGUGUCCGUUCUGCAGCAAGGUCCGGGCCUUCCUCGACUUCUACGGGCUCCCGUACGAGGUCGUGGAGGUCAACCCCGUCAUGAGGAAGGAGCUCAAGUGGUCCACGUACAGGAAGGUUCCCAUCCUGAUGGUGCAGGACGGAGUGCAACUGAACGACUCGUCCGUCAUCAUCAGCUCCCUCAGGACGUAUUUAAUCAACAAGGACAAAAGUAUGUCGGAGGUGAUUCGCUGCUACCCGGAGCUGAAGUCUGUGAACGACAGCGGGAAGGAGGUGACGGAGUAUUCCAACAAGUACUGGCUGAUGCUGAGCGAAGAGAGGAACGCCGAGACGUACCCCGAGAAGGGGAUGCAGAAGGAGGAGAUGAAGUGGCGUAAGUGGGCCGACGAUUGGCUCGUGCACCUCAUAUCUCCCAACGUGUACCGGACCACCGGCGAGGCCUUGGCCUCCUUCGACUACAUUGUGCGCGAGGGCAAGUUCGGCGCCUUUGAAGGCUUCUUCGCCAAGUACGUCGGCGCCGCCGCCAUGUUCCUCAUCGCCAAGCGGCUGAAGAGUCGACACAACCUGCAGGACGACGUGCGGCAGGAUCUGUACAAGGCCGUCAACGACUGGGUGGCCGCCAUUGGCAAGAAGAGGAAGUUCAUGGGCGGAGAUCGUCCGAACCUGGCCGACCUGGCGGUGUUCGGCGUCCUCCGGGUGAUGGAGGGCCUGCAGGCGUUCGACGACAUGAUGGACAACUCCAAAGUCCAACACUGGUACAGACGCAUGGAGAAGGCGACGCUCGAGCACGAAGGACGAGACUGAAAAGGACAAAAAAAAACACACACACACACACACAGACUGAACAUUUAAACUUUCAGGAGAAAAGAAAAAAGUGACCGGCGUUACGGGAGCAACGAGUCCUGAUCGACUUCCUGCUCCUCACACACAAACACACACACACACACACACAUGUGUGAAUUUAAACCUGUUGAUUUGUACGAAUUAGUUACUUGCAGACGAUUAUGAAGAUAAAUCGUGUCUUCACUUAUUUAACUUUAAGCCCUAAGUGACAAGUUGCUUUGUGCUUUUCAUGUAAGGACGUCUGUUCUAUACUGACCUCUAGUGGUGAACGGUUGGAACUUCAGCCACAUCAAUAAAACCUACUCUGAAGGAAUAUUUAUGGGGGAAGACAAAAUCUCACUGGUUGACGCUUUAAUAAUUACAAGAAAACAAACCUAUUUGGUCCCGAUGUCAUUUGGAAACUGCCCAUAUAUUUCACGUGUUAUUGAAGUUUCUCAGCCAAAGAGUUUAAGCUUCAAUUUCACAAUAUUUUAUGGAACAAAACAAGACUUUUCUCCUGUAUAUGACUUCAUACAUUUUGCACUUUUUCCUCUUGGUGAAUAUUAAAGUUUCAGCUCAGUAUCAACAGAAUGAGUGACAGAGAAACACAGUUUUGUCCAUGAGAAAAAAGCCGAUGAUCCUAAUUUUCUUCUUACAUUAGUAUUCGUCUAUUUAUUUCAGAUGAUUGUUUUGUCCGUGUGACAAACGAUAACAUUUUAAAUGAAGUGUAAAGAGGAACCUGGUGAGCUGUUGGUUUGAAUGUACGACUCCUAUGCAAACUGUCAGCUGCAGAUUCAUUUACUGUAAUAAGACGACUCGUGCAUAACUGUAAAAAGUGAAAUUAAAAAAGUAAACCUGGA